GAAUCUCCCGGCCCCGGUAUUCUUCCACUCCCAAGAUAACGACACGGCCGUGGCGUUGAGGCAAGCCGAAAGCGUCAACCAAGACGUCCCAAAGGGGCGAAGCUCGGUCCCGCGGACCACCAUGUUGGAAUUCCCAUACAACCCCAGCCCGGUUCAACAGACUUUACCCGGGAUGUCAGAACACGGCACGGCCGGCUGGCCCGCUCUCGAUGGCGGAGCGGAGAGCCCCAGCCAGCGUCGCCCGUGUGGUUCAACACCCGGAGGCGGCGGCAAAAGGGGCAACCUGCAUGCAGCCGUUUCUGCCUGGGGUUCUGGUAUAAAAUUCAAACAUUUCCUCCCCUUCCUUGUCUUAACCACCCCCACCCCACCCCUUUCCAACCAUAACGGCGUAGCCCAUGGGUUUCGCAGGCCCCGAAACGAGCUGGCUCCGCUUAUUGACAGAGACACCAGGGCUACCUCCUGUCCAUAUUCAGGCUCGCCGAAAGGAACCGGGCCUCGAAGCUUCGGAACCAAGGGCCUGCCUGUGGCGGUUCCUUCAGCCGUGCUCAUGCAUGGUUCGUCACACAUCCUCCUGUCCUCGUCCGGCCUACCGGCAUGGAUAGGCGUGUGCCGCCCGCAAGGGACGGGAUCGGCUCUCGUUGCGGUUCCGUGGUUGUCUAGAACCUGGGCCGAAGACUUGGUUCGGGGGCGGGAGUUUGUGAUUAUGGUGGUUGCCACUUCGAAAACAUGCAGGUCUGAUGGUGAAAAAUCUCGCAUUCGUCGGCGGAGCAGUUAUCUCGAAACGCCGCGGUCUCUUGUCACUAAACCGGGUAUUGUGGAAGCUGCCGCUUGUAAUGGCAACACUAGGCUAUAUCCGGAGCCACUUGACGAUGCCGUUGUACCCUAGCAAACAUCCAAAUACGAGACAGGCCUCGGUCAGGAAGCACACCGCUUGGGGAAAUGGAUGGAAAUCAGGCACGGGGAUGAUCAGCGGGGUUGGGGGGCCGGCACUCGGGAGAUACC